UCAGUGGAAGGAAUAGUGCCCCAUCAUUGGUGUCAGUGGGAAGGAUUGUGCCCCAUCAUUGGUGUCAGUGGGAGGAAUAGUGUCCUAUCAUUGGUGUCAGUAGGAAGGAAUCGUGCCCCAUCAUUGGUGUCAGUGGGAGGAAUAGUGCCCCAUCAUUGGUAUCAGUGGGAGGAAUAGUGCCCCAUCAUUGGUGUCAGUGGGAGGAAUAG